GACAGAGAGGAGGAGGAGGAGGAGGAGAGAGGAAGGUUAUUUAUGCCUCAGCAGGUCUGGAGGUAUGGAUCUUACAGCGAUGGCUUUCUACAAAGUGAUGUGUUUGGCUGCUGGGCUGAUGCUCCUGACCCAAGAGUCUGAGUCACAGCUGGAUGUUUGUGGUAAGCCAAAGCUCAACACCAGGAUUGUAGGAGGACAGGUGGCCCCUGUUGGCAGCUGGCCCUGGCAGGUCAGUCUGCAAAGAUCUGGGUCCCACUUCUGUGGAGGAUCCCUCAUUAACAGUCAGUGGGUGCUGACUGCUGCUCACUGCUGUCAAACCAUUACUGCAACUGGUCUGACUGUGAAUCUGGGCCGUCAGAGUCUACAGGGAUCUAAUCCCAAUGCAGUGUCCCGGACAGUAACACAGAUCAUCAAACAUCCAAACUACAACUCUGAGACGUUUGACAACGACAUCUGCCUCCUGCAGCUCUCGUCAUCUGUGACAUUCAACAACUACAUUUCUCCCGUCUGCCUGGCGUCUUCAGACAGCACCUUCUACAGCGGUGUUAACAGCUGGGUUACCGGCUGGGGCAACAUUGGAGAGGGAGUGUCUCUUCCUUCUCCACAAAACCUGAUGGAGGUGGAGGUUCCUGUUGUGGGAAACAGACAGUGUAACUGUAACUAUGGAGUGGGAACAAUCACUGACAACAUGAUCUGUGCCGGGUUAAGUGCAGGAGGAAAGGACUCCUGUCAGGGGGAUUCAGGAGGUCCAAUGGUGAGCAAGCAGAACGGUCGCUGGAUUCAGGCGGGAAUCGUCAGUUUUGGGGAAGGUUGUGCUGAGCCGAAUCUUCCAGGAGUCUACGCCAGAGUAUCCCAGUACCAGACCUGGAUCAACAGCCAGAUCUCCUCCAACCAGCCGGGCUUCAUGAUGUUCACGUCCACUGGGACCAACAGUGACCUCAGUGUCAACUGCACAGGACUGCCACCAGUGCCAACCACCACCCCUCCAACAACCACCACCACACCUACAACCACCACCACCAUUUCAGCACUGGUCUGUGGACAAGCUCCAAGGAAUUCUCGCAACAUGGGGGGACCCUCAGUGGUGGCUGGUUCAUGGCCGUGGAUGGCGAGCCUACAGAAGAAUGGAAGUCACGUGUGUGGUGGGACUCUGGUGGCCUUGGACUCAGUGUUGAGCAACGCCAACUGCUUCUCAAGCUCCCCUGUAGCGUCCGAGUGGACUGUCGUGUUGGGGCGUCUGAAGCUAAAUGGAUCCAACCCCUUUGAGGUGACGCUGAAUGUGACAAAUAUCACUCUGAGCAACACGACCGGGACCAACAUAGCCAUCCUCCGUCUAUCUGCCCAGCCCACCCUGACCGACUACAUCCAGCCCAUCUGCUUGGACAACGGGAGAACCUUCGCUGAGGGCUUGGUGUGCUGGGCGGCCGGUUGGAGUCCUGGAAGAGGAGGAGCUGAGGAAGUUAUGCAGCAGUUUCAGACCUCGGUGGUAAACUGUGGGAGCUCAUCAUCGAGUGAGAGCAUCUGUACAGACGUGUUUGCACUGCAGCAGGGUGAUUCUGGUGGGCCACUGAUGUGUAAGCAGGACGGCUCUUGGUUCCAGGCGGUCGUGUUAACAGCUCCGAGCCCCUCUGCCAGGAGAAGACGAAGCUCAGUCAUGACCUUCACCAGACUGAGCACCUUUGACUCCUUCUUGUCUGAGACGGUUGAGACACUCUUGUCUCCAGCCUUGAAUAUCACCAGCGGCAACUCCGCCAACCCCACCAAUGUCUCCGUCACCACCCCUACCAGCAGUACCUACACCACCACAAUGGUUACCACUACUACUUACUCGAAAAGCGUGUUCGACAGCAGCGAGGGUCGUCCUGCUCACUCCUUCAUCUUUGUCUUCUUCCAUCUCCUCAGCUUCGCCUUUUGUCUCCAACUCUGCCUUUAGGGAACCCAGACUUCAUUGACAUGAUGUGAUGGACACAAAUGAAUGUGAACAAGCUUCGACGUUGAGACUUUACAGGUUUAAAGCUUUGCCUGCUGAUCUUUGAUUUGAUUCUGCCUUGAUUGGAUUUCUACAGAGAGCUCAGUAAUGAUAUUCUGGAUAAUCAAAACAGGCAUUCAUACAUGAAAUACUCCUGGAUGAAUCUUCAGCGCAAACAUCAUGUCCCUCCGACAGAGAGGUCAACUACAAAUCCCAGAGGGCAGUGCAGUGCCAUCGUCCAAUCCAAUCAUUGGAGGGGGUUCUACUGAUUACAAUGAAACUAUUUUUAAAAAAAAUAUCCAAAUGUUUUAUGUGCACUAUGAGACAUUCGUUGUGAUAAAUUCAGGCUCACACUGUGCAGCCUGGAGAGUUAGUGUAAUACAGUAUACAGGGAUUCUGGUAGAAAAACCGUACCAACCCACUGAGGAAGUUUUAUUUACACAACCUCUGUAAUCCUGCUUUAGUUAAUGAGCAUAACACUGUGAGCUGACCAGAUCAAAUGACAUGAAGAAAUUACAUUUGUCUAUGUUUUGUGGGGCUUUGUCCUUGCACUGACCUCAUUAUGAGAAACUAAAUGUGUUUCUGUACCUCUGAGGGACGACUACCUGGAGCCCAGUGGUUCCCAAAGUGUGGGGCCCGCCCCCUAGGGGGGCGCAGAGCUAUUGCAGGGGGGGCGCGGCAUGAAA